CGGGCGCCCAGUCGGGGCUCGCGGGCGGGGCGCCCAGCAUGUCCGCGCCGGCCCCGCCGCUGCUCUGGCUGGCCGGCGCGCUGGCGCUGGCGGCGGGCGCGGGCAGCCUCUUCUCGCUGGCCGCGCUGCUGGGCACGCCGCCGCGGACGGCGCUGUCGCUGCUCGUGGCCGCCUGGGCCGCCGACGACCUGCUGGGCGCGCUGGCCGCGGGCGCCGUCCUGCUCCGGCCGCGCGCGCCGCCGCCCCUGUGCGCCGCCUGGGCCGCGCUCUACCUGGGCCAGGGCCUGUCCAGCUGCCUGCAGGCCACGCUGCUGGCCUGCUACACGCGCUGCGCGCUGCGCCGGGCGGCCCGGGGCGCGGCGGGCCCGGGGCGCGCGGGGGCGCUGGCCGGCGCGCUGGCCCUGGGCGCCGCGGGGCUGGGGCUGGCUGCGCUGCCCCUGUGCGGCUGGGGCGCCUUCGUGCGCUCGGCCUGGGGCUGCCGGCCCGGCUCGCGCCCCUUCGCGCUGCUGCUCGGCGCCGUCUACGCUGCGGGCCUCGCGGGGCUGGCCGGGCUGGCCGUGCCGCUCGCGCCGCGCCUGCUGUGCGCCCCCGAGCCGCGGGGCCCGGGCCGCGCGCGCCAGCACGCCGAGAGCACCGCGCAGGGCCGCUUCUCGCUGGCGCUGGCGCUCGGCAAGGCGGCGCUCUGGCUGCCCAUGAUGGUCCACUUGCUGGCCCAGCACGUGGUGGACUUCCAGAGCCUCCCCCUGGAGACACUCAGCUUCCUGCUGACCCUGCUGGCGGCCACGCUGACGCCCGCCUUCGUCCUGUCCAGACACUGGGGCCACCUGCCCUGCGGCUGCGCCGUGGACUGUGAGCAGAGCCGCGGGGGGAGAGGCGCCAGGAGGCGGGCUUUUGAGUUCAACCUCUCGUUCCAACGGAGUUACGGGAUCUACAAGAUCGCCCGCGAGGAUUACUACGACGAUGGCCAGAAUUCCACGUCCUGCCACAAUCUCAUGAGCUACGAGGGUGAGGCGACGCGGGAGAGAGGGAGGGGCCCGCAGAGCUUCCAGGCCGUGCAGGUGGAGGUCAGCACCGCGCCCUCCCCGGACAGCUCCCCGAGGCCCACCGGCCGCCCCGCCAGCACCGUGGACAGCACCGAGAGCCCGGGCGAGGAGCGCGGCGAAGGGCCUGAGAGAAGGCUGUCUGGCGGGGAGAGCCGCAAGCUGGAGCUCUGGGACUGGGAGUGGAGCCGGAGUAAGUCGGAGAGGACGCCACGCCAGCGUUCCGGAGGGGCCAUCCCGCUGUGUGCGUUCCAGGGAACUGUGUCUCUCCACACGCCGACCGGGAAGACCCUCUCCCUCUCCACCUAUGAGGUGAGCACCGAGGGGCAAACCAUCAGCCCGGCCUCCCAGAAGACGGAAGUGUACCGGUCUAAAAGCGUGGGCCACGACCCCGGCGCCAAGGACUCGCCCCCCGCCGUGGCGGACACCAGCGUGAAGAUACACUUGGAGGUGCUGGAGAUCUGUGAGAACGAAGCCGCGCUGGACACCGUGUCCAUCGUCAGCAACAUCAGCCAGUCCUCGGCGCAGGUCCGCUCGCCCUCCCUGCGCUACUCACGGAGAGAAAACAGGUUCGUGUCCUGCGACCUGGGGGAGAGCGCCUCCUACUCGCUCUUCCUGCCCACGAGCUGCCCCGACCGCGGCCUCAGCAUCUCCAUCCCCGACACGGUGGAGGCGCAUCGGCAGAACAGCGGGCGGCAGCACGGGGAGGGGGAGGGCUACCAGGAGGAGAUCCAGCUGCUGAACCAGGCCUACCGCAGGAGGGAGCAGGGCGGCCAGGACACCGCAACCCCGUCCUGAGGCUGCUGGGUGCUCGUGGCUCCCUGGACUCGCUGACCCCCUCUCACCACAGCGAGGACGCGGUGAACACACAAGUGCUGUUGGUGGCUUGUGAGGGGUCAGUAUUAUCACGUGGGGGAGAAGUGUCUCUCACUGGACUUCCCAGAACCUUCCUGAGUCGGACUGGCCUGGUGUGUCCACCUGUUUCUGCUUCAGAGCCAGCAGACACUCGCUGUGCGCUGUGAGGGGCUGUCCUGGGCACAGGCCCCUCCUGGCCAUGCUGGCCAAAGGGUGGGGGCUGCUGAAAAAGGGGAGCCCCGGGCUGCUCCAGAAGCACCAGGCUCCUCCGCCCAGCAGACCGGGCAGCAACUCCCCACUGACGCCUGGGAAGGACACACGUGUGUAGACAGCAACCACUUCCCACUCUCAGCCACGCAUGCCCUGGGCAGAGCAGCGCUGCUCCCCUCUUGAUGCCGAUGGGGUGCUUUCUCUCUCUGAAAAACCUGGUCUGCAACAAAUGUCAUGUGCUUCAAGUUAGUCGUCCUAACCCCAGUGCGGUUGGCAACGGUUGUAAACGGACACUCCAGCCUUUCUAGGUUCUGUUCAUUCGGAUGAAAAUUGAGGAAAACGCCACAGAAUGAGCUUAUGUCAGGUGCCCCCAACAACAGUAACAAAAGUCUGGUUGCAGCAGAGGAAAAAGCAAAAUCAAACUGUGCUGAUUCUAAAAGUAUGUUUCAAAAGCCUCAGCUCUGCCCGACUUUCUGUACCAUUCUGGGAGCAUGGAACCAAUACACGUUAGGGGCUUCCAGUUUCUUUUCCAGAGAUGCAUUGUCCAAGCAGAAUUCGAAACAUGUUCUUUCAAAUGGGCUGUGAUGAGAAAAGGCGGGAAUGCAGAAAAGGCAGGUUCUUGGGGAUGCAUCUCAAGCUUUCCCUCAAAUUGAGUUAUUUGGGUUAUUCUGUAAACACGCAUUAAAUGUAUUUUUAAGGUUA